AUGGUAUCAAAAGCUAAUUCAUACAUAAUUGAGAAUAUCAAGAACAUAACUUAGAAAAUAAGUCUUGCAGUAGCCUAAUCCUCAAAGACAUAACAUUGCAAAUUAGUAGCUGUAAGCAAGACUAAGCCUAUGGAAGAUAUCAUCACAGCAUAUGAGGGUGGUCAUAGAUAAUUUGGAGAAAAUUAUAUAGAAGAGUUUCUAGAAAAGAUAGAAAAAUUCAAUUCUAUGACUGCUCAAUAGGUAGAAUCUCCUGAAGAAGAAUCAAAACUCCCAAUGGCUUUUUAUUCUGACAUAUAAUGGCAUUUUAUAGGGCACAUAUAGUCGAAUAAGGCAAAGAAGCUCAUUGAUGGCUCUAAAAAUAUUAGGAAUUUCCUAAUAGAGACUAUUGAUAGUGAGAAAUUGGCCAAUAAGAUUAAUAAGGAAUGUGAGAAGAUUUAGAGAUAAGAGCCAGUUGGGGUGCUCGUUUAAGUUUUGACAAGUGACGAAGGUACUAAGUUUGGAGUUUAAUAGGAUUAGGUUCAUGAUCUAGUCUCCUAUAUUUAUAAUAGCUGCCCUUAUUUACGAUUCAGAGGACUCAUGACUAUGGGAAGGCUACAUGACAUUGAGGGGUUCAAAGUAUUAUUUAUAUUUAUAAAAAUUAUCAUAGCAAAUGUAAGCUCUUAGAGAAUAGAUCUAGAGGGAGCAUCCAAUUAGUAAUGA